AUGGAGGGUUGGGAUCCCAACACGAAGUCGGCGCUGACGCAGAUACCGUUGUUGGCGACGCGAGCGGGGCCGCGGGAUGGUGCGGCUUGGACGCAGCGGCUGAAAGAGGAGUACCGGGCGCUGAUCGCCUACACGGGGAUGAACAAGGCCAACGACAACGACUGGUUCCGGAUCUCGGCUGCCAACAUCGAGGGCACGCGCUGGACGGGGCGUUGUUGGUAUGUUCACAACCUCCGUCGCUACGAGUUCGAUGUCCAAUUCGACAUACCCGUCACGUACCCGGCCACUGCUCCGGAGAUCGAGCUGCCUCAGCUCGACGGCAAGACCCACAAGGCAAGUUGUCGACGACCGGGGAACUUACCUAGAUCCCUACUCCGUUAAUUUCAAAUAACUAUUUUUGAAAACAAUGGAAAGAUACAAAUCCUUCAGAUUUUUAUUCAGAUCUAACUCCAGGUCCCUGUCCUCUUUCCCAGAUGUAUCGCGGAGGGAAGAUCUGCCUGACAGUGCAUUUUAAGCCGUUAUGGGCUAAGAACUGGUGAGAAAAAUCUGUCCUUUGAUCUCUCAUUCUUGUGUUGUUACUUUCCUCGUCACUUUUUCUGGUUUGAUUUUUGACGGCGAAACCUACCCAACUGGAAUUGUCUAUUAAUGAUUUCAUUACUGUAGUAACUGGGAAAAUGCUCAAUGGGAUUAGAGUCACAGUACCUUUUUUUUUAUUUUUUGUGUUGUCUUUACCAAGAAAUCAGCAAGUUGUCUGACAUUCUCCUUUCCCCUUCCGUCGUCCUCUUUUUAUUGCAGUCCAAGAUUCGGGAUUGCUCAUGCACUCUGCUUGGGCCUAGCACCAUGGCUUGCAGCGGAGAUCCCUAUUCUCGUGGACUCGGGAGUAGUUAAGCACAAAGAUGACGAGGGUUCAUCAGUUGAAUCCUAG